UGGAGAAAGCUAAGAAAAAACUAACAAAGAUGAGUUCAUCAAGAAUAAGAAUGCUAAGUUGUUAUAGUACCUUAGCCCUGCUUGCAUGUCAGUUGAUUGUGUUAAAAGCUGAGCUGCAAGUUGGGUUUUAUAGUAGCUCGUGUGAUAGGGCUGAGUUGAUUGUUAAAGAUGAGGUCCAGAAAGCGUUUGUUCGCGAUAGAGGAGUGGCGGCCGGGCUUGUGAGGAUGCAUUUCCAUGACUGCUUUGUUAGGGGGUGCGAUGGCUCAGUGCUUAUAGAUUCCACUGCAUCAAACACGGCGGAGAAGGAUUCUCCAGCGAAUAAUCCAAGCUUGAGAGGAUUUGAGGUUAUUGACAGUGCAAAAGCUAGGCUGGAAUCUUUGUGUAAAGGAGUUGUGUCUUGUGCUGAUAUUUUGGCUUUUGCUGCCAGGGAUAGUGUAGAGAUGACCGGAGGAAUUGGCUAUGAUGUUCCGGCAGGAAGAAGAGAUGGGCGUGUUUCUUUAGCUUCUGAGAUACCUAACAAUUUGCCACCACCUUCAUUUAACGUGCCUCAGCUUACUAACCUCUUUUCUAACAAGGGAUUCACACAAGAAGAAAUGGUUACACUCUCAGGCGCACACACCAUCGGGCGUUCUCAUUGCACGUCUUUCAGUAACCGGCUUUACAGUUUCAACUCAACCACGCCGCAAGACCCGAGCCUGGAUCCCCAAUAUGCAGCUCAACUAAAACAACGGUGUCCUCAGGGCAGUAGCAACGCAAACCUGGUCGUGCCAAUGGACCCUUUCUCUCCAGCCAUCACCGAUGUUAGCUACUAUACCAACAUAUUAGGCAACCGAGGCCUAUUCACUUCAGACCAAUCUCUACUUACAGAUCCAUCCACGGCCAACCAAGUCAGACAGAAUGCUGUGAGCCCCAUUUCCUGGGGGCUUAAAUUUGCCGCUGCAAUGGUGAAGAUGGGCCAAAUAAGUGUCUUGACAGGUAACGCUGGAGAGAUUCGAGCUAAUUGUAGAGUGGUUAAUAGCUGAAUGAUGAAGAUCGAUCCAUUGAUCAUGCAUGAGAUCACAGAUGGUGUUGCUGCAAUUGACUACUGAUGAUAAUCAAAUUCGAUUUCAUGUGACACAAGAAACUAUAUAUAAUUUAAUUGUGUGGAGUUCGUUGUGGAUUGAAUAAGACAAACAAUGUAAUGUCUCAAAUUUUAGAAUAGGAAUCUUUUAUAUUUCUGAGUCUUGUGUCACAAUUAUUUGGAAAAGAGGAUUGGCAAAUCAAUUCAAAAUUAUGGGAAUAUUUGGAAUUUUUAAGUCAA